CCCCUCCCGCACCGCCGGGGAUCCGGCGGGCCUGGCGCGAGUCCCUGCCCGGCGCCCUGGCUCGGCCCCCGGGCUGGAGGAGCCCGGAGCCCGCCCUAGGAGCCUCAUACCAGCGGAGACGGCGACUGCAGUUGGGAGAUUUCUGACUUCCUGCUGCUCCUUGCACUUUCCAGGGUCCAUUCUUGUGAUUCUCAAUGGAGAAUGAAAACAUAGAUUCAUAAUGAAAACCAGCCCCCAUCGGCCACUGAUUCUCAAAAGACGGAGGCUGCCCUUACCUGUUCAAAAUGCCCCAGGUGAAACAUCAGAGGAGGAGCCUAAACGGCCCCCUGCCCAACAAGAGCCUGGUCAAGCACAGGCCUCCAAUGAGGUGGCAGAGUCCACCUCUUGCAAGUUUCCGGUUGGGAUCAAGAUUAUUAACCACCCCACUAUGCCCAACACCCAAGUGGUGGCCAUCCCCAACAAUGCCAAUAUCCAGAGCAUCAUCACAGCAUUGACCGCCAAAGGAAAGGAGAGUGGCAGCAAUGGGCCCAACAAAUUCAUCCUCAUUAGCUGUGGGGGAGCCCCCACUCACCCUCCAGAACCCCAACCUCAGGCCCAAACCAGCAAUGAUACCAAGAGGACAGAAGAGAUCACCAAGACCCCGGGACCAAAACCUGCAGCUACGGAUGGGAAUCUUCCUAGACUACCUGGAGCCCUUCUCGGGCAGAGAUGGGAGAACUGUGCUGGCAGUGAGGCAGCAGGCUGCACUCUUAACACCAGCUUGACCAACAUCCAGUGGCUUGGAAAGAUGAGUUCUGAUGGCCUGGGCUCCUGCAGCAUCAAGCAAGAGAUGGAAGGAAAGGAAAAUCAGCACUUGGAGCCGAGUCAGGUUAAGGUUGAGGAGCUCCCAGGAGGAUCAACAUCCUGGCAGGACUCCGUGUCUGAGCGGCCGCCAUACUCUUACAUGGCCAUGAUACAAUUCGCCAUCAACAGUACCGAGAGGAAGCGCAUGACCUUGAAAGACAUCUACACGUGGAUCGAGGACCACUUCCCCUAUUUUAAGCAUAUGGCAAAGCCAGGCUGGAAGAAUUCCAUUCGCCAUAACCUUUCUCUUCAUGACAUGUUUGUUCGAGAGACGUCUGCCAAUGGCAAGGUCUCCUUCUGGACCAUUCACCCCAGUGCCAAUCGUUACUUGACCUUGGACCAGGUGUUUAAGCCACUGGACCCAGGGUCUCCACAAUCACCCGAGCACUUGGAAUCACAGCAGAAACGACCCAAUCCUGAGCUCCGCCGGAAUGUGACCAUCAAAACUGCACUCCCACUGGGCGCACGGCGGAAGAUGAAGCCAUUGCUACCCCGGGUCAGCUCAUACCUGGUACCCAUUCGGUUCCCAGUGAACCAGCCACUGGUGUUACAGCCCUCGGUAAAGGUGCCAUUGCCCCUGGCAGCUUCACUCAUGAGCUCAGAGCUUGCCCGCCACAGCAAACGAGUCCGUAUUGCCCCCAAGGUGCCGCUAGCUGAUGAGGGGGUCGCUCCUCUGCCCACUGCAGGGCCAGUGAAAGAGGAGAAAUUCCUGCUUGGAGAAGGGCUGUCUCCUCUGCUUCCAGUUCAGCCCAUCAAGGAGGAAGAAAUACAGGCUGGGGAGGAAAUGCCACACUUAGGGAGGCCUAUCAAGGUGGAGAGCCCGCCCCUGAUAGAGUGGCCCUCGCCGUGCCCAUCUGUCAAAGAGGAGCUGUCUCAGUCCUGGGAGGAGGACUCCCCUCACUCGCCCACUCCAAAGUCCAAGAAGUCCUACAGUGGGCUCAGGUCCCCAACCCGGUGUGUGUCUGAAAUGCUGGUGAUUAAACGAAGGGAGGGGAGGGAGAUGAGCCGGUCUCGAAGGAAACAGCACCUACUACCUCCCUGUGUGGAUGAGCCUGAGCUGCUCUUCUCAGAGGCCCCUGGGACUUCAAAACCAGCCACAGAGCUCACUCUCCCUUCAGAGCCCUCCCAGCUUGGCUACUCCCAGGAGGAGGGAGGACCUUUUAAGACACCCAUUAAGGAGACGCUGCCCGUCUCCUCUACCCCAAGCAAAUCUGUCCUCCCUUUGAGCCCUGAAUCCUGGAGUCUUACACCCCCAGCCAAAAUUGGAGGGUUAGAUUUCAGCCCAGUACGAACCCCUGAGGGUACCUUUGGCCCCCUACCUGACGCCCUGGGGCUGACAGAUUUCAGUACCACCCCACUGAAAAGUAUCCCCCUCUUUGACUCACCCCAAGAACUCCUCAAUUCUGAGCCCUUUGACCUCAACUCAGACCCCUUUAGUAGCUGUUCCCCCUCAGAAAUGGAAGUCCCCAAGCCAGACUACCCCAUGGUUGGGGAGCCACAGGUUGCCAGCCUUCCAGCCAACCGUUCCCUGACAGAAGGCCUGGUUCUGGACACAAUGAAUGACAGCCUGAGCAAGAUUCUGCUGGACAUCAGCUUCCCUGGCCUGGAGGAGGACCUGCUGGGCCCUGACAACAUCAACUGGGCUCAGCUCAUGCCUGAGCUGCGGUAGAGACCUGACCUUACCCUUGCUGCUCAAGCUGUCCACUCGGCCAUCCAGGAGUGGCUGGGCCAUCCAAGGUCUGAGUAAGGACAGCAAGCAGGGACUGUCCGCCCUCUAGCCCCACCUUGUUAUGCCAAGGCAGACAUCGUGCCAUAGUCACCACUGGGCCCUCUACAAGCCUCAAGGCCCUGGUAUCUGAACUCUGUGCCACCCUAUGCUCCCCUAGAGAAUCUGAUUCCUCAAUCCCCCUGCGAGAGCUGAAGGGUGGGCAUAGCAGAAACAAGGAUGAAAAGAGAUUAGGAACUCCCCAAACUGUAUUGUGCCCAGCAGUUUCACCUUCCCUGUUCCUUGCAGGGUGUCCUGUAAAUAGUGUAUAUGCUCCAAAUUAUCCUCUAAUUUUAAAUGUAAGCUUAUUUCCUUAGAUCAUUAUCUACAGACUAUCAGAAGGUGGGUAGGAUGACAGGGGUUUCACUUUGCUUCUGUUCCACGCUUUCCUCCAGGCCCAAGUUGCCUGCCUCAAGGGUUCUUUACUGUAGGCACCCAGGCAAGCAGGUCGGCUUGCCAGAGCGCCUUCUACUGCUCUUCCCUCCCACCUCCCCAUGUUUCCAAGAAGAAAUCCUGGUAAAACUGUCUCAUAAUGUGUCAAGAGUUGAAUUGGGAGUGGGGGGUGGAUGCAUCUGAAGCAGAGUGUGGGCGCCCAGCUGUGUGCCCAUGUGAUGUUUCUCUGAUAGUGCCCCCUAAUCAUGCCAGAGAGACUAGCACUGAUGAGAACCUGGCCUGAGGCUUGAGGAGGCUAAAAGGGUCCUGACCUGCCUGGCUUCCUUAGCUUGCACUGCAGCUUUGCAAAGAGCCACCUGGGCCCCAGCUGGCCAUAUGCAUGUGAGCCAGCGCAAGAACACUACUGUAACUACUCAAUAAAAUCCAGGGUGUAAGAGUUUC